GGAUACUGACUUCAUUAGGAACAAACGCAAGACAACAAAACUAAUCCAAUGAAUCUACAUGUGGACUUUAUUGCUUUCUAUUUGUUCAGGUCAGCCAGAUGAACACACACAUAACAGCCCACAAAGCCAAGGUAAGGCAUCAGUGCUUCAUCCUUGUCCUGUGCUUUCAUCUGGUCUAUGCUGGUGUGCCAGGUCCAUGUAAGCACUCUGUCACCCAGGACCAUCUACUCAAUUUAAGACGUCUGAUUAAAAACCAGCUGCAAAAUGGUUGUUCAAUAACCUACACCUUCACAGAGCGUCAGAAUCUGAGUGUUGUAUGUUAUGUUAAAGCGGCAUUCCCUCACAUACUGGAGCUACUCAACACCCAUUUCAGAUAUGCAAAGGAUUCCGACAAUUAUCGUUAUUCUAAUUCUCUGAAGAUCUUAAUCUACAACAUUUACUCACAGAGAUGCAUCCCUUCAAUCAAUGAGGAGAUUGAGGACAGUCCAACGAAGUUCGUAAAAAUCCACGUGACUGUGCCCAGAGCAGCUUUGGAGAAAGCUGAGGAAGUGAUUCGCAUGUAUAUGAGUCUGAUGACUCAGAGUGACACGUCUGUGGACUGGAACUGUGAGGAGGAGUACACAGAGGAUUACCCGGAAUCCACUACUGAACCCCUCAUCCAAACAGCAGGUAGCUCAGAGUGCCCCUGCAUUUGUCCAACAGUGAGCAUUGGAUCAUCUAAAGCAUCUUCAUCCUCGAGCCAUUGGAAUAUUUACCUGAAAUCUACAACAUCCUCACAGAGAUCUUUCUCUUCACCUGUCACAACUUUACCAGCUGGUAAUGAGAGAACUAAACAAUUACAGUCUUUUGUUUCAGUAACAACACAAGGAGAUUCAUCCAGCUUCUUCUUUGGAAGUACUCCAAGCUUACCAGAAGAAAACACAGAGUUGGACCUAAUGCCAUCAUCAGAUGUUUUCCCAUCCUUAACAAAUAUUAGGGAUGUAUUUCCAAAAACAAUUGACUCAUCUGUUCAGUCUAUUGCAUCUGGCCCAUAUCAGACAAACACAAGAGAUAAUAUCCAGGUCGGUGUUGAGAGGAGCACUCCCCUUUUACUUGCCAAGAGGUCUUUGGAUUCCAAAAACCAAGAAGGACCAUCCAGCUCCAGUGUGGGAUUAUCCCACAGCUGGCUUACUGCAACAACUGAGCCAACACAUAAAUACAUAAAGAGCACAGAGAUACAAGGAAAAUCUUUCCAAACACUUAAAAUAAGUGAACAAGUUGUACCAGUCGGAACCACAGCUGUGUCUUCAUUGAAAGAAGCGGCACAUUCAUCAGACAGUCUGACCUCUCUUGAAGAACAGCGUGGUCAUCUAAACACCCCUCCUGAAACUUUCCAAGCAUACACCCAGAGUCCGAUGAGGGUGCCAAGGAAUUUCAUUAGAACCAUCCAUGAAAUGGAAAUCAGCAAAGACCACAGAUCCCUGGAGAUAAAGGACCAGACUGACCCAGACGGAGAUGUACACACAAGCUCUGCCGCAGAACAAUCCAGCAGCACAAUCACCUCUUUCGGCAUCGUGCUCAUAAUUGCAUUAGUAUGCAGUGGACUUCUACUCAUAACUGUUCUAUUUUACAGACAGCAAAAAGUAAGUGACAAACAAUGCAUUUUUGGCCUGUUGAAAAGACCCACUGGUCUGGCCUAAGAAGCCUGCUGGGACCAGUAGCCAAAAACAUGUGCUGGUUAUUAGUGCCGGGGGUCUUUUCAGCAGGGAGUUCCAAGUGAAACAGAAAAACCAACAUUCCAACAUGAAAGAAAGACACAUCAAGAAGAAAAAAAAAAACCAGGUGAUGGAGUUCAUUAUUUAUUUAAAGCAAAUCAUAAAUUGAGAGACACAAUAUCAGAAGGAGGCUGUAUUUCAUUCUGUUUAGGAACUAUGUGUGUUUAAGGGAAUCUUUUAUUGUUCCAACGAAAAUAAAAGUGGUCCAUUGAUAGAAAUCUGAAAAUAUUUUAAGCUUUCUUGCACAAACUAAACUCGACAGAUCUAUGGCAGUUCAGCCAUUCAUUGUUCUUGACUUGUUAUUCAAACAUACCAAAAUAUGUGGAGUGUAUAUAAAUAAAUAUAUGCUUAUAUAUACUGAAUAUACAGGACAAGUGGAAUGAAGCCAUAUCCUAAGUGUCGUCUUUAUGUCAGAAGCAAGUAUUUAAUCAAAUGAUUUGCUUGGCUCAUUCUGAUAUAAGGAAUCUAACAGCAAUAUUUUGUGCACUACAAGGAAAAAUGAAUAAAGGAGCCGCUCAUGCUGGUGUUUUAUUGAACAGGCAAUAUUAACAGUGUCUUUGUCAUUAAAAUUACCCAAUUACACUAAA